AUGCAUAGAAAGAAAUCAUCCGAGCUUGGUUUCCCUGGUUUUGUAUUCCCAGACACCAGCGGUCAACAGCAUGCACUCGCCUCCGCAAUCAAUGGCCUGGACUACGGCUCUUCCAGUCUUUGGAGCACAUCUACUAUCGAGGAGUAUCUGAAGCAGCAUAAUAUGACCGAGGCCCGACUGAACGAUAUGGCCAUUCGUAACCUCAUCGGAUACUACUAUGUCAACCUGGACAAUGGCACACAACCUUUGACAGCCGAACAGGACGUAUAUGUUGAUGUCCGUGGUAACUACGCUAAGCUGAUUCGCUCUCACGGAUCCAAGUCGAUGGCCCUUCCUAAAAACGAGAACAACACUCUUCCCCUCAACAAGCCCCAUAAAAUGGCAAUUUUCGGCUCUCAUGCCCGCGGGGCUAUUGCUGGACCGAAUAUGGAAUUCAGCGUUGAGGGCUCUAGUCCUGUUUACGAUGGCCACCUGGCCACUGACUCUGGCUCUGGACAAGGAUCUCUGCCUUACCUCAUUACUCCCGAGACUGCGUUUACCAUCAAGGCCGCUCAGGAUGGUACCAUGCUCCACUGGGUUGCGAACGGUACCUACUCCUCUUCCGGUGGCUCGACUCUUGUGGUGCAAGGAUCAGACAGCACUGCCGUGACUCCAUCCAUCAGCAAAUAUGCAGAGAACAUUGACGACGCUCUCGUCAACGAAGUCGCAGAGAAUUGUGCCAACACGGUGGUAGUUAUCAACACUGUUGGCGCUCGUCUCGUCGACCUGUGGAUUGAACACGAGAACGUGACCGCACUACUGUAUGGCAAUCUUUUGGGUCAGGAGUCUGGAAACUCCAUCAUUGAUUAUUUCGAGGUCGCGUCAACUCUUGGUGGCAACGAUGUGGAGAAAUAG